AAAAGAAUUGUGUCAAAUUGAACAGCUGAUUUGCUGAUUAUCUGCAGGAAAAUGGCGAGCCAAUGUAAAUCGCGAAAAAUCCAAUAAAUUUAAGUGUUUUCCGUCCCGAAGCUGUUAAUUAACACAGUAAACCAUGCCUGGUACUAGUCUUGUGGUACCUGUGGUAAUGUGGGGCAAGUUUGCCCCUACACAUUGCAUUUCAUGCAUUUAUUUGUCAAAAGACCAGAAGACUUUAGCUACUGGGUGUUAUGAUGGACAAAUAUGCCUUUGGCAAGUAGAUCCGGACACCCUUGAGAUGACUCCUAGGUGUCUUCUUGUGGGGCACACAGCACCCAUCCUAUGCAUUUCAAGAGCCUCGAUAGUGCAAGAUAACAACUACAUCGUUAGUAGCUCAGAAGCAGGAGAGAUGUGUACCUGGGACAUUACAGAUGGUAAAUGCAGGGAGGCAGUAAAGUUACCACAAGUUCACACUAAUAUGCAAGCUUACCACAUGUGUAACUGUGAGGAUGUCAGACUAUUUUGCAACGGCUAUUACCCAGAAAUCUUGGUUAUGGAUCCCUUUAGCCUGGAAAUUUUGUUCACAUUAUCAUCUAAACAAAAUCCUGACUGGAUAAGCGCUUUACACGUGCUUCGGCCAGCGAAACGCAAAGAUGAUGUCGUUCUUGCAUUAACAACCACAGGGAUGGUGAAGGUGUGGACUUUGUUGGGUCAUGAAAAUAAACAUUCUGAACCUAUUUAUGAAAAUGAAAGUAAACAGAUUCGGACCUUGAAUGCAGUUUGUUUGCAAUGCUGUGCGUAUAACCAGAGGACGGUGUUAGUAGUUUGUACUAAGUAUUGGCAGAUUUAUGAUGCAGGAGAUUUUAGUGUGCUUUGCUCUUAUUUAACCCCACGAGGAGAACGCUGGAUGUCAGGUGACUUUUUAGCAGUUGACCGAAUCAUCAUGUGGUCAGAUGCUGGCAAAGGUUAUAUGUAUAAACUACCUGCCAAAAAGCUGCGUGGAAAGAAUAUUAACAAUAGUAGUACAGCAGACCACAAAGACUUUCACACAAAAAGCAUCGAAAAUGAUACACCGUUCCUGUACUGUCUUCUCAGUCAACCUGAUGGAAAGCCCUUAUCUUGUCCUCCUGCUAUGCGCCUAGUAACCACAUACAGAAACGCACAAGCCAAACGUUAUUUGCUAAGAGGAGACUCCGAGGGCUCAGUUUUGCUUUGGGCUAUACCGGAUAUAUCACCUGCCCAGCUGGAAGCUAUAAGAUCGCAAGCACCGUCACAACCAGUGACUGCGUCAGCUACAGUUAUUACUAGUUUAACUAGUGCAUGGAAAUCCGUAAGGCCGGAUCCUAUGGGUGUUUUGGACCAAGUCGAGCGACAAGAAAGGCAAACAAUCAAAUUAACCGCCAGCAUUUACCUACCUCUUCAGUGUAGAUUGGUAGUAGGGAGGGAGGACGGGUCGAUUAUUAUUGUUCCAGCGACUCAAACUGUAAUGUUGCAACUGUUACACGGGAACCAUCAACAGUAUAAUAAUUGGCCUCCACACCAGAUUUUAUCAGGCCAUCAUGGCCGGGUCAACUGCUUGCUUCACCCACACAGGGAGCACCCAAGGUAUGAUAGGAACUAUCUUGUAUCAGGAGGUGUGGAUUUUGCUGUAUGUCUUUGGAAUUUAGUCACCGGCCAAUUACUGCACCGCUUUUGUGUACAUGCUGGUGAAAUUACUCAGCUCAUGGUACCGCCUGAAAACUGUAGUGCAAGAAUCCAGAAAUGCAUUUGUUCUGUAGCAUCCGAUCACUCAGUUACAUUACUGAGCUUGGCUGAGCGGAAGUGCGUAUGUCUCGCCUCGAGACACUUAUUUCCAGUAACGACGAUAAAGUGGCGACCCAAGGAUGAUUUUAUGAUAAUAGGAUGUUCUGACGGUACCGUUUACGUUUGGCAAAUGGAAACUGGACAUUUAGAUAGAGUGCUACAAGGUAUUGCCGCAGAAGAAGUUCUCUACGCCUGCGAAGAAAACGAGGACGCAGGUUCUUCUUCAGAUAUGGGUCUAGCAAAUCCAGCAGUACAUUUCUUCAGAGGGUUAAGGCAUAGAAACUUAUCAGCGAUUAGGCACGCGACUCAGCGGGGACUGCACCAACUGCAACAGUUGAACGCACAUACGGAGGCUGGUGAUCCUCAUGCCAGAAGGGUGCAUGGACAGACGUCUUUGGGAGUGCAAGGAUUUAGGACAAACCCUAAAGAUCCAGAAAGUCAUAUUCUGUUCUUCGAUAUAGAAGCUUUAAUUAUAGAGCUUUUAAGUGAGGAAUACUCCAUGAUGUCCCCUGGUAGUCUGGAGGCCGCGGGACUUAUUUCUCAAUCUGAGUACCUUAAGGUAGCAGCAUUAACCCAAAGCGCCAGUCCAGAUGCACAUAAAAAAAUUGCCGACUUUUUUGGAAAAGUCAAGGAUAAGGCAGAAAAUAUGGAGAAGAUGAUUAAAGAAAAAGAUAAACAUGGGAUUUUGGCUAAAAUGAAAGAGGGUGCCGAACAAGUGCAAACUAAAAUACAAGCAAGAGCUGAAAUGAUGCUUAAAGGAUCGGAUGUAAAUAAAGAAAACUCCGACUCAACCAAAGAAAAACCUAGACCGGGAAGCCUAGGUGCAUUGGAUACCUCCCAUGGUAUGGAAAUAGCCCAGCUGUUACUGUCCCUACUUCAUUCUUGGGGCCUGGAUGAUGACCUGGACCGGGUUUGUCAAGUCAAACUAGGGCUACUACGCCCUAUGGUGCCCCUUUCCUUUGGAGUUUUAUCCAAAGCAAAUCACAUGUCGUUGUUUUUGCCCACAUGGCAUAAUACGAUACCAUUGGAGGACGAACCGGUAUCGGACCAUCAAGAUUUAGAAGUUAGUUUACCACCGGAAUUGGUGAGGAGAGAAAAGCUGACUAGAAUAUUUACAAGCAGGACUCACUGGGAGCUCAGUACUACUCUAACCAGCAACCACUUACUCGCAAUCAUUGCCCUUAGUCAUACCCUCAUGAGCAUGAGCAACGCCACCUUUGUGCCUGAACAAGAGAGAAAUAGAAAGCUUCAUAGGCAAUCAACCAGAGUUAACUGGAGCAGAGCAGAUGAGGAACAAGAAGAUAUGUAUACCCAACAACAGGCGCAAAUCAAGCAAGGCUGGUCCUUGUUGGCGACCCUCCAUUGUGUUUUGUUACCAGAUAAGGUGGUUGAACAUGGAGCAAAACAUUUUAAAAGGCCACAAGUCGAGAUGAUGGCCAAAAGGUGGCAGCAUCAUUGCGUGGAAGUGCGCGAGGCAGCUCAGACAUUGCUUCUUGCGGAACUUUCAAGAAUGGGUCCUAAAGGAAGAAAGCAGCUAGUCGAUGCAUGGGCUCAGUACCUGCCUUUAUACACGCAAACUGAAACGAUAAAUCAGCAGGCGGUCAAUCAACCUAAUGCUCAGAAUCAUGUCAAUUCAAACGGGCCUAAUACUCCUGAUCCAGUGGAUGAAGAUUUUGAAGAAGAAGAAGAGGAGCAAGUUAGGAAACCUUCCAGUUUGACAGAGUUAAAGCGUAAGCAAUCGACAGCCGUCAUUUUAUUGGGGGUGAUAGGAGCAGAAUUCGGACAGGAUAUUACCAGUUGUGAUAAUUCCAAAAAGAGAAUAGCAGAAGAUAGGAGAAAGAAUUCUGUUGUAGAAGGAUUUGGCUCAGGAAAUAACAAUUUAGCGAGGCUAACAGCAAUGGCGCUAUCUCAUUUGCUGCUCGCACCACCGUCACCUCGAUUGCCCGCACAUAUUCCACUCAGGAGGGCAGCAAUCGACCUGAUUGGUCGAGGAUUUACCGUAUGGGAACCGUUCCUUGAUAUUAGCAAAGUAUUAAUAGGUUUAUUAGAGCUCUGUUCAGAAGCAGACAAGUUAGUACCCAGUAUGACUUACGGAUUGCCCCUGACUCCACAAGCAGAUUCCUGUAGGACGGCCAGACAUGCGUUGACACUUAUAGCUACUGCAAGACCAGCGGCCUUUAUAACGACCAUGGCGAAAGAAGUGGCGCGGUAUAAUGCCAUGCAACAGAACGCGCAGACGUUGAACGUCAACAUGUUAACUAACAGCGUGCUGCACAAAGCAAAACCGGAAAUUCUUAGGGGCGUGGAGCUGCUCAUCGAGAAAAUGCCUACUGAGAUGAGCGAUCUUUUAGUACAGGUAAUGGAUAUUAUUCUGCACUGUUUGGAUCCUAGUCAAUUAAAAAAUAAGGGACUGCAAGAUGUGUUUCCUGCUGUUUGUAAAUUUAACCAAGUCUCCCAUUGUCCCACUACAAGACGGAUAGCAGUGGGAUCAGGCAGCGGUACCUUAACGAUCUACGAACUUCGACAAGGAAAAUACACCACGAUUCAGGCUCAUUCAGGGCCUGUAACUGCCUGCGCGUUUAGUCCGGACGGGAAAUUUUUGGUCAGCUACGCAUGUUCAGAGAACAAACUUAGUUUUUGGCAAACAAGCACAGGUAUGUUUGGUUUGGGGCAAUCCCAAACGAAAAACGUCAAAUCUUACAGCACUGCACCGAUAGCGGACGUUGCCCGACUAAAUCCGAUGCGACUCGCUCGACUCAUCUGGAUUAAUAAUAGAACAGUCACGCUGAUGUUAGCUGACGGCUCCGAAACAAGGUUCAACGUGUAACGAGGGGAUAAAUUAGCUCAACGUGAUUCAAGUUUUUCAAAUGUUGUCCCUAUGUCGCCGCACUGUAUAGAUGAGAGCUAGUCAACAAGGAAAUUAAAUAUUCUGGAAACCUUGGUAAAACCGCAGACAAUAAUUUGAAAAAUGACGAUCGAUUAGGGACUGCCGUAGUCCAUGAUAAAUGUUAGGAAAAAAUAUGAAGACAUGUAUUAUUGUUUGUUAAAUUUUAUCUUUAAAUAGAUGUGGUUCGAGGGAUAGUGGUUGGAGCUGUUGGGACAACAAGAUCUUAUAAGUUUCAAGGUUUACUAAUUAUGAGUUUUCUUCGGUAUGAAUUAUAAUCCUCGAACUGAACUAUCUCUCGUACCUAAAAGACAGAUUCCACGUUACUGUAUUAUAUAGGUGUUUCAGCGCGAUCUUCGUGUGUCUUACAGUUGAGAAUAUUAUCCUUUACUCUAUAUCCGUUCCCGAAAUAUAGGGUCAUCCAAAAA